AUGUACCUCAGCACAGACACCAAGAACUCGCUCUCUGAGAUCCUCUCGCUCGUCCAACGAACAGUCAGAAGUGCCGAAACGGAGAUCGAAGAAGCAGCCCAAAAUGAGAUUGCACGGAUGCGCGACGAGUUGGACCAAGUUAAAAGAGAACGCGACGAUGCACUCAAAACCGCCCACAAUGCUGAAAUUGCAGCAUCCCGCCGCGAAGCCGAGUUUUCUAAGCUAAAGCUGUCGACGGCAGAGUCGAGCUUGAAGAUGGAGGCUUCGAUUGACACCCUACGAAGAGAGGUCACGCAUUGGCAAGGGCAAGCGAAAAACUGGCAAGAGCAUUACAACAGGGUGGAGCAAGAACGGUGCGGACUGGCAACAGAACUGGUCACUCUAUCCCGCUCUGCUCUCACGGAAUCACCGCCAAAGCGCGAAACACAGACUGUGCCCCCGCUUGCUGGUCCUCCUAGUCCAAGUGACUCUGGCUCCCCUCAAGCUAGUCGAACCAAACCUCAAACUCCAAUCCUAUCAGCCAAAGCCAAAGGAAAACAAGCGGAGACUGUGUCAAGCCACAAGACAUCAGCCAGUCGGCCGUCAAAGCCGGCGACUGGCCAGGCCCCGCGCCAGAUUCUGAUUCGACGUGUUCAAGCAGUUGUACACGUGAAAGAAGAGGACGAUGAAGAGGAUAUUGACAUGAGCUACCAGCAGGUCGAAGAAGAAGAGGAGGACGAGCUGGAGCACGAUUCUGUCCGGAUUGUAAAGCGUCGUCGAAGUGGGUUGAUGGUGGCAGACGAAGAAGAUUACCAAAGCGGACACGAUGAAGACGACGAAAGUGGAGAGGACGAGUUGAUAAUGAAUGCAUCGACGAUGAGGAAUCUGGAUGUUUAUGGCGGAGUCCCGUUAACUCAAACCUCAUCUCGACAAAAGCGACUAAAUGGGAAUGCUCCGCAAUCAACUGAAGCCUCUCCAACUAAACGGCGCCGUGUAAUGCCUGACACGGGGCGUUCAAAAGCACCAGUGAAGCGCAAAUAG